AGAGUUUAUAAAAUCUAUAUAUAUAUUUUUAAUUAUUAAUUUGAUUGGUUGGCAACUGGACCAUUGACAUUGUGUAUAUAUGUGCUUGAUUGGCGAAGCCAUUUGGUUUGAAUUAAUAUAAAGGAGUCAAAUACAGCAGGCUCUCCUUAUAAAAACAUAAAGCAAAGCUCAAGAUUUUCAAGAAAAGAAAAUCAUUACACAGAGAGAGAGAGAGAGCCAUGGAAGCGGCUUUGAGAAAUUCUGGCGAAGGAGGUGCUGAUAAGGAAGAGAAAAGAGUUAAGCUGAGUCGAGACGAAGAAGGUUCCAAGGAAAUGAUUUUCCUCAAGGCUAGAAAUGAAAGAAGGGACCAUGAUCAGGAUGAUAAGAAGCCAUCUUCCAAUCGAAUCGCCAAUCAGGGGGAUCAGCUCGAAUCUGCUAAGGCCGAAAUGGGCGAGGUGAAGGAAGAAAACCAGAGACUAAGGACGUUUCUGAACCAAAUUAUGAAGGAUUACCAGACCCUUCAGAUGCAAUACCACGACAUUAUGGGGCAAGAAGCUAAGGAGACCGACGAAUCCGAGCUGGUUUCGCUCAGUCUUGGAAGAACUUCAAGUGAUACUGGAAAGGAUAACGAGAAGCCUACAAAGGGCAAAGAGGAUGAAAAAGAUGAAGAAGGCUUGGCUCUAGGUCUGGACUGCAAAUUUGAAGCGUCUAAAACAGCAACAACUGAGACUAAUUCACUGAAGCGAAGCCCUGAAAAUAGCUCAGAAGUGAAGGAGGAAGCAGGAGAGAGUUGGCCGCCACAGAAGGUUGCAAAAACGAUGAAAAAUGAAGAAGAUGAAGUUUCACAGCAGAACCCUGUGAAGAAGGCUAGGGUUUCUGUGAGAGUCAGAUGCAAUACCCCUACGAUGAAUGAUGGGUGUCAGUGGAGAAAAUAUGGACAGAAGAUAGCAAAAGGAAACCCGUGCCCUCGUGCAUAUUAUCGCUGCACUGUUGCACCAUCUUGUCCUGUAAGAAAGCAGGUCCAAAGAUGUGCCCAGGAUAUGUCCAUAUUGACCACCACCUAUGAAGGGACACACAACCAUCCUCUUCCCAUUUCCGCCACCGCCAUGGCAUCCACCACCUCCGCCGCUGCCUCCAUGCUAUUAUCCGGUUCAUCCAGCUCCGGAACAGCCCCCGGCUCGUCUGCCGGCGCCACCACUUCUACACCCAACUUCCAUGGAUUAAACUUCUAUCUCUCCGAUCACAGUUCAAAACCAAACCCAUUCUACCUUCCCCACACUUCAAUGUCAUCGUCAUCUUCAUACCCAACAAUCAUUCUUGAUCUCACGUCCCCCACCUCCUCUUCUCAUUUUAACAAACUCUCCUCAAAUUUCAAUCCAAAUCCAAGAUAUAAUUCUUCCACCAAUCUCAGUUUCAGUUCCUUGGAAGCCAACCCUCUACCAAUUUCCUGGACCAAUUCUGCCCUUAACUAUGGCACCCAGCCCUAUAACAAGAAUGUUCCAUUUGGAUCAUUGAACUUUGAAAGACUGCCUCAAGAAAGCUUCUAUCACACUUUCAUGCAGAAGAGUGACCCUAACCCUAAUCCCAAUCCCUCUCAAGAAGACACAAUUGCAGCUGCAACAAUGGCCAUCACAUCGGACCCAAGUUUUCAAUCUGCUUUAGCAGCGGCUCUGACGUCAAUCAUCGGCACCGGAGGCAACCAUGGAGGCGGCAUUGGGAGCCAGAUUGGAAGCAAACUUGGGCAGAAUUUGAAGCUGGGUGAGCCCUUUCCAGUUGUUUCAAGCUUGCCAUCAGCUACUGCAAAUGGAAACAAAUGCUCUUCAAGCUACUUGAACAGUAAUUCUGCUUCAGCCACAAAUUCUCAGCCUGGAAACAUGAUGCUUCUGCAGCCUCCACUGCCAUUUUCGACCUCCAAGAGUAAAUCUACUUCUCCUGGAGAUAAAGACCAUGUAAUUUGAUCCAUUUUGCAUGCUUGGGUAUAGGAACUUUAUUUAUUCAUUAUUUUUCUUUUUUCGUAUAGUUCUGAUCUAUAUUGAAGCAAACCAAUUAAUGUUGCACAAUGCCAUAAUUAGAUUUUUUUUUUUUUUUUUUUUUUUUUGGGGGGUGGGGGGGGGGUUGGUACUGAUGUAUAAUGAAGAAAAUUGUGCGUGUACAUGACAUGGAAAACUUGGCUAACCACUUCUGUUUAUGUAUUCUCUGUUUUCUAUUCUGUUGACCACUGAUAUAUUUAUUAAUUAGUAAAACAGCAAGCAGAUAAUUUAAUUUUAUA